AACAUCCUGGACACUCGGGAGAGCGCUGGGGGCUUCCGUGGGGGCCCCGGGGGACUGAAGGCCGGGAAGCUCCUGGAGAAGAGGCCACACUCAGAAAGGUCAUGCUGACUGCAGUGCUGCUGAGCUGGGCCCUGCUGCUGACACUUCCCCCUAUGCAGGAAGCUCAGAGGGGCUUGGCCCCUCUGGAAGGCAUCAGAAGGCCUGACCAGGCCCUGUUCCCAGAGCUGCCAGGCCUGGGCCAGCAGCCUCCACUGAAACGGACAAGCGCAGAACAGUCCAUAGAAGCUCUGCUACAGGAGGCUGAGGCCUUGACAGAGGUACUAGAUCCGGAGGGCCGCGAGCCACGCUCCCCGCGACGCUGUGUAAGGCUGCAGGAGUCCUGUCUGGGACACCAGGUAUCGUGUUGCGACCCAUGUGCCACAUGCUACUGCCGUUUCUUCAACGCCUUCUGCUAUUGCCGCAAGCUGGGUACUGCCACGAUCCCCUGCAGCCGUACCUAGUGGGCCGACGCGGGGUCGAGGCUGGACAGGG